UCAAAUACCGUCCAUUUCGAGUAUCGUCACUGACAAUGCUUGCACGCGCUUUUAUUAUAUAACAGUUUAAUAACACACACGUGACGUGUUUUUUUCGACCAAGAAUCACAACUUCCGUACGAGUAAUAUUGCGAAUCAUUACGUGAUAAUGUAUUAUUUUGCAUAAUCUCGCGUGGAAAAGUAUAAAUACAUGGACUUGCUUGCGCAGCAAUUUCAGUAUAUCUGUACCACUGGUUGUGUUUCAUCGUGAACACGCGCGCGAUUGUGACAUCAACGCUGCGAUAAUCUUAUACCGCUGAAUCUAUUGAGUUAAUUGUCAGGUAGCUUGACAGCUUCGCGCGAAGAUGCAGAUGAAAAACUUACCGUUGAACGAGAUGCUGCACGUGCUGGCUUGGUUGGAGGGCAUAUGGAUAACGGACGAGCCCGCGAUCGUUCAAUUUCCGACCAUGAAACAGUCUAUGAACUAUUACGAUCAGAUAAACAUUACGUCGUUGGGCCAGCCGUGGCUGAAUUAUGUCGCUCAGAGUUGGCACGCGGAAACUGGGGAUCCGAUGCAUCGCGAGACCGGUUUCGUUCAGAUCACGUCGGACAACAAGGUCGCCUUCUAUCUGAUAAACCCCCUAGAUAUGGUUACGGUUGAACAAGGCGAGCUUACGAACAAUAACAUGACCAUUGACUUGAAGAGCACCAAAAUAGUGUCGAAUAUUGGCAUGAUGAAAAUACCGUCUUUUUCAUCGGUAAAAGAGACACGUCGAGUCUAUAACUUCGACGGCAAUAAUCUGGAACUGAUCUUCUACAUGGCGACGGAGAAGACACCGGUUUUGACGGAACAUUUGCGCGCGAAAUACAGAAAGAUGUGAGAGUAAAUAUUCGCGAAAGGGACACAGAAAAAAAAAAAA